AUGCUCACCAGAAAAUAAUCAAGAGAAUUAAAGAAUCAAAUCUAAACUCAAUAAUUAUACCUAAAACAUUCCUCUAUUAAUACAAAUCUCUAGGAACAUAUUGUUAUUGAAAUACUAGAAUUAUUAGAUUUAGCAAAUAAAUUUUAAGUAGAAACAUACUUUUAAGAAAUGUUACUAGAUCCUUAGACUAAAAGAAUAGAGGAUUAUAAUAAUUGUUACAAUAAGGAAUUCUUUGACUCUUUAAUAAAUGAUUAAAUAGAUUUGAGUAAUUUUUUACUCAAUCACCAAAUUAGCGAAUGGGUUCGAGGUAUCAUGGUUGAUUGGAUGAUUGAAGUAUUUGCUGCUACAAACUCUAUAAAUGAUAAUUCAUUUUUUAGAGCUGUAAAUUUGAUGGAUGCAUUCCUUAAGAAUACUUAUAAUUACACUGAUUAAGACAUUCAUUUGAUAGGUGUAAGUUGUAUUUUUAUAGCCUCUAAAAUUGAAGAUAUCUAAUCUUUUGGAAUUAAAACAAUAACAAAAAAAUUUUCUCAUAAUAAAUUUUCAUCCUAUUAAAUAAAAGAAUUUGAAUAAUUUAUAUUAGAAACUCUAAAUUAUGAUAUUAAUUUUCCUACAGUUAAUGAUUGUCUAUAAUAUCUCAGUUAUUAAUUGUUUGGUUAAUCCUAAAAGUAUUAAAAUUUUUCUAUAUUAGUAAAUAUGUCUUAAUGAUUCAAGAAACUUCUAAUUAUAUACUAAAAAUGUGUUAUCAUGAUUACUAAUUAACACAAUACAAUUAAAUGCUUUUGGCUGCUAGUAUUUUAGGAUAUACAAUUUAACAUUAUAUAUAAAUACAUAUGUCACAUUUAAUAGAAAAGAUAAAGAUUUAAUUAUUUUAGACAGUAAUAUAUUAAUUUUAUUAAUUUAGUAAAGCAAUCUCUUAAGAAUUGGAUAACUUGAAUUAAUUGAUUAUUUGAAUUGUCUAUAAAAAGUAGAAGAAUUAACAAAAGAUUUUCACAUAAAGUAUCCUUUUUAUAGAAAUCUAUAAAAAUUUAAUUGA